GAUCCCUCUCCCCCCCCCCCCCCCCCCGCAUAGGUGGCCUUCCAUGAAGUGGACCCUCUGACAGAGAAGCUGCUCCCCAUCGUGGAGCCCAUGCAGAAGCUCUUCAGCGCUGGCACCGGAGCCUACUACAGCGAUGCCAUCUUCUUCCUCUCAAUCGCCAUGCACCGCAUCAUGCCAAAAGAGAUUUCACGGCUCAUUCAGGUGGACAUGGACGUGGAGUACCGGGCUGACAUCCAGGAGCUCUUUAAGGAGUUUGACCACUUCCCGGAAGGAGCCGUCAUCGGCAUUGCCCAGGAGAUGCAGCCGGUCUACCGGCACCUUUUCUGGCAAUACCGGAAGGAGCACCCAGGGACCCUGGUGGGGGACCCUCCCCCGCGUGGGCUGCCUGGCUUCAACAGUGGGGUGCUUCUGCUGGACCUGGAGGCCAUGCGCCGCUCUGCGCUCUACAACAGCCUGCUGGAGGAGGAGGCAGUGCACCAGCUGGCCGACAAGUAUCACUUCCGGGGCCAUCUGGGCGACCAGGACUUCUUCACCCUGGUUGGCAUGGAGCACCCGGGGCUCUUCCACAUUCUGGACUGCACCUGGAACCGCCAGCUCUGCACCUGGUGGCGCGACCACGGCUACGCUGAGGUCUUUGAGCACUACUUCCACUGUGACGGCCAUGUCAAGAUCUACCAUGGCAACUGCAACACCCCCAUUCCCCAGGAGUAGACCCUGGACACUGGGGAUGGGCACAGGAAGGGGUGCCAGACUGCCAGGAGGGGGCUGUGUAGGGCUACUCGCAGCCCACCCCCAUGUGGGCUCCUUUGGCAUCCUCUCUCUGGAUGUGGCUGGGGGGAGGGGGGCUCUUUGGGCUUCCGGUCAGGAUAUGCCCCCCCCCCCCACUGGCUCACCAUGAGACAAUGGUCUGGCCAGCCGGCCAAGCAUUUCCCCUCUGGCCGCCAUACCACCAGGAAGCAGCCAGCUUCCUCUUGAGGAAUCCUGGCAAGAGACAGGGCAGCCGGAGGGGGGGGGGGCCCUGUCGCAUGGGGGCAGUGAGCCUGUGUACAACUACAAGGGGGCAGUGCAGGUGGGUGCCUUUCCCUUGUAGAGCAGAGGUGGUGAUCCACAUUCGGGUCAGUGUCCAUGGUGGGUCUGGCAGGAGAGAAUGCCUUGUGGAGCCAGUCUGGGUUCUUUAAAAGUUGCCCUGCCAUCACAGACCCAUGUACUCACCUUGCCUGCAGCUGCAUUGGGGGGGGCUCUGGGGCCCUUUGUUCCUUGUGGGCCCCCCAGGACCAACCAGAUUUGGGCAGGAGCUGCUCCUGGGGAGCCUGAUGCACCCCUUGUUGGCUUGGGGUUCGGAGGAUUAAAGACCUGGCCAGCCCCCAGUGAGGUCCCCAAAAGGGAGAGAAGGAAAGGUGGAGGAGGAGAGGGCACCUGCUCCUUGUUGGGUUACUGCUGAGGGUGGAAUAAAAUGUAUAUGAGGCUGUUGGCCCUUUGCCUGGA